CGCAGCCUCCCGGGGCCCCGCCGGCGCGGGGGGCGGCGGCCCCAGCGCUUGUCCCUUCCUGCGCCCCGCUCCGCCCUCCCCAAGAUGGCGGCCCCAGGUGUAAACAAGGCCGCGGCCGGCGCGGGCCUGGAAGGCAGCCGGGGGGCCGGGGGCACCGGCCGCGGCCCGGCCGGCGCUGCUGUGAAGGUUCUUGAGUGUGGAGUUUGUGAAGAUGUGUUUUCUUUGCAAGGUGACAAAGUUCCCCGACUGCUUUUGUGUGGCCAUACUGUCUGUCAUGACUGUCUUACCCGGCUUCCCCUUCAUGGCAGAGCAGUUCGUUGUCCUUUCGAUCGGCAAGUUACUGAAAUAGGAGAUUCUGGUGUCUGGGGCUUGAAAAAGAAUUUUGCUUUGUUGGAACUCUUGGAACGGUUGCAGAAUGGACCGGCUGGGCAGUGUGGGACAGCAGAAGAAGCCAUUGGGCUAUCUGGAGAGAGUAUCAUUCGUUGCGAUGAAGACGAAGCCCACGUUGCAUCUGUAUAUUGCACUGUUUGUGCCACUCACCUGUGUGCAGACUGUUCCCAGCUUACUCAUUCUACAAAGACACUAGCAAAACACAGGCGUGUGCCUCUUGCUGAUAAGCCUCAUGAGAAGACCAUGUGCUCCCAACACCAAGUGCAUGCUAUUGAGUUUGUUUGCUUAGAAGAGGGCUGUCAGGCCAGUCCUCUUAUGUGUUGUGUCUGCAAAGAAUAUGGGAAGCAUCAAGGUCAUAAGCAUUCUGUCUUGGAACCAGAAGCAAACCAGAUUCGUGCGUCCAUUUUAGACAUGGCCCACUGUAUAAGAACUUUCACAGAAGAAAUCUCAGAUUAUUCCAGAAAAUUACUUGGAAUUGUUCAGCAUAUAGAAGGAGGAGAACAAAUAGUUGAAGAUGGAGUUGGAAUGGCCCAUACUGAACAUGUACCAGGGACUGCAGAGAACGCUCGCUCAUGUGUCCGAGCCUAUUUUUCUGAUCUUCAUGAAACACUUUGUCGUCAGGAGGAAAUGGCUCUUAGUGUUGUUGAUGCUCACGUGAGAGAGAAGUUGAUUUGGCUUAGGCAACAGCAAGAAGACAUGACCAUCCUCUUGUCACAGGUUUCAACAGCUUGCCUUCAUUGUGAAAAGACUUUACAACAGGAUGACUGCAGAGUAGUGUUGGCUAAACAGGAAAUUACAAGAUUGCUAGAGACCCUACAGAAACAGCAGCAGCAGUUUACGGAACUUGCAGAUCACGUGCAGCUGGAUGCUAGCAUACCUGUUACUUUUACGAAGGACAACAGGGUACAUAUUGGACCAAAAAUGGAAAUUCGGGUCGUCACUUUAGGAUUAGAUGGAGCUGGCAAAACAACUAUUUUGUUUAAGUUAAAGCAAGAUGAAUUCAUGCAGCCAAUUCCAACAAUAGGUUUUAAUGUUGAAACAGUAGAAUACAAGAAUUUGAAGUUUACUAUUUGGGAUGUAGGAGGGAAGCACAAAUUGAGGCCCCUGUGGAAACAUUAUUAUCUCAAUACACAAGCGGUGGUGUUUGUUGUCGAUAGCAGUCACAGAGACAGGGUCAGUGAAGCACACAGUGAACUUGCAAAAUUAAUAACAGAGAAGGAACUGCGGGAUGCCUUGCUCUUGAUCUUUGCUAAUAAACAGGAUGUAGCAGGUGCUCUUUCAGUGGAAGAAAUCACAGAACUGCUUAGUCUCCACAAACUCUGCUGUGGCCGUAGCUGGUAUAUUCAGGGUUGUGAUGCCCGAAGUGGUACGGGGCUCUAUGAAGGACUGGACUGGCUUUCAAGACAGUUAGUGGCCGCUGGUGUCCUGGAUGUGGCUUAAUUUUACAGCACCUGCAAUUUAGGUUGUAGUUUACUGAUUUGUUUUGUUUGCACGAUUUAGUAUGUAGCCAGGUCUGCUAUCUGAAGAGAGGACUUUAUUUAACUUGGUGGUUACAGAAAAAUAUCCUGUAUUGGGUAGUUGGUUCAGUAAACUUGUGCUGUUGCAGUGUUUUUUAAAUUUUGUACAUUUGCAAGUAAUGGAAUGGGCUCGUUACAAGGGUGCCUUGAAAUUGGUUUUGCUGCAGUUAGCUUGGUACAAUUUUAAAUUCUUCCUUGAUAAAAUAGGGAUUUGAGUUAAUUGAAUAUUUAUAACAAGGUUACAGAAGUUAACUGGUGUCAGAAAAAAUUUGAGUGGCUUAAAAAUAUAUUCCCAAGAAAUUAUUCCAAAAUCUGUCUUAAGUUACUAGAAUUGCCAGCUCUUUCUAUUAGAAAUAAAUGGUACUACUCUUUAGCGAACACAUUCAUCUAAUGGUGGCGUUGAAUAUUACAUGGAAAUACAUCACAAAAAGAAAAUGUUUCCUCCAUUGUUUAUUAGCUUCCCUGUUUGUUACUGGAAGACAUCAUAACUGAGCAAAGAAAAUUGAGAAUGGGGAACAGUGUUGCAAGACUAAAGGUCUGAGGCACUGUUUAGCUAGUAAUGUUCUACUUGUGGGGGGAGGGUUUAGUUGGGUUAUUUUGUUAAUUGUAUACAUGCUGUAUUAUUUAUGGACGGACUGUAGUGAUACUGAGAUGGAAGUGUUUUGUGUGCGCUUGAGGAUGUAAUCUGCCUUUACAGAUUAAGUUUACUCCUCAAGAAGUCAAAUGAAGUUUAAAACAAAAAAAACUUCUUAAAGAAGUCUGUGGUAUCAUGUCAAUCCAGCUAUGUUUUCUUACGUAGAAGUCAUGCUUUCAGAUUAAGGUAGUGGCCUUAAAAUAUUAAAUAACAUAGUGUAAAAGAAGUGUACACUCAUUAUAACUCUAAUGUAGAAGAGCAGGUAGUAAAAUGUGAUACAAAACUUCCAUAAUACAGUUCUUACUGUAUUUUUUACAUGGAACUGUCACCUACACCUCUCUUCUCAAAGAUUACUCGUUCACAAGCCCAUGAUACAUGGGUGUAGCACUGUUUGAAUUUAGAGGAGUUUGCAGUGACUUAAUGAUGUCUCUUCUGCUGCACAUGCAACUCUGCUAACAAUUUAUAGUCUUCUGUGUGCACCAGAAUCUUCUGCCCCCCUUUUUGAGUGCACAGCCAUUGCCAAUUGCAGAAACCAUGCAUGGACCUAUUCAUGUUGGUAAAGGAGUUACGGAG